AUGCAUCCAUCGGUGUCGUCGCUGGUCGAGAAUCGGCGUCCGACGGGUGCCUCGCCCCCUGCGCCCGUCACGACGCCGCUCUCGUCUGCGAUUGCGACCUGGGGCCUGGCUCCCGCAAGGACAGCAAGUGCAGGCAGCGGCCAGAGCAGAGGUACUGGCCCUGCGACGAGCAACGUGGUCCCCGGUGAGAUCAAGCCGCAGAAGGCGUGCCAGUCCUGUCGUCGCAGCAAGGUCCGCUGCGUUCACGACGGACAGCCACCCUGCAAGCGAUGCUCGGAUCAGAACAUCGAGUGCAAAUUCCGCUUGAGAGCGGACGACGAACUCUGGAGGGAGAGGACCGACGAGCAGCUCUCCAAAUUGUCCAACGACGUCGAGUACCUCUACAAGCAAAUCGGACCCACAUCAGUGCCGCCCCAGCAGGCCCCUGUUCACUACGGUCGCCCGGGCAGCAGCGGGCGCAGUCAAUCGGCCUCGGCCUACUCUGUACCCAGCGCACCGAGCCUUCCCAUGCCCCCUUCGCCCUCCUUUACCAACGGAGGAAGCAACGCUUACCGACCAGUCCUACCCCCGUUGUCGUCCCCCUACUCUGAGCCCAUGCCCGACUACACCUCGCCCUCGGCGAGUUUCUCGGGCGACCCACAGAUGACAAGGGAUCGCGCCUCGUCCAUGACUCGCAAGCGGCCCAUCCCGACUGAUUUCGAGCCGGAAACACAUCGGUCCCCCUCUUCUUCCUCUUCCUCUGUGGCCGUCAACGAGGCAAGCUCCCGGGCAUCGAUGAUGCCACCGCCCUUGCCUCCUGCGACGAGAUCGAAUCGGUGGGAAGCCUCCCAGAUCGACAUUUCACCCAACUUGGCAGAUGCAUGCUCGACACCGUCGUCCAAUUGGCCUUCUUAUAACCAUCAGUCGCAAGCAGCAAGCCGCAGACCAGAAUGGACAAAGGGCAGCACGAGCCACUACGCCAAUGCGUCACUUCAUAUUGGUCGAGAUGAUCCCAGGAUCAACGUUGUCACGGCCAAUCUUGUGUCGAUGAAGGCCGCGCGUAGCCUGAUGCGUUUCUUCGCCGAGCGUCUACUGCCUCAUUCGAUGGGCUUCCCCACCUUCCCUGCCAAUGAGCAGAUGACACCCCUUAUCGUCUCGGCCAUUCUCUCGGUCGCUUCGUUGCACGACCCCGUCCUUCGCACCUUGCACACCGAGCUCAAGACCGACUGCAUCUCGCAGCUCGAUCCCAACCACGAUGUCGAUGACUUUGCGAACAGACAUCUGGAUCCAGAACUGGGCGUGGGCGUUGAGGAGAUUACGAGCGCAUGUAUCGCUGCUGCGUGGCUCGGCGGCGAGGUCAGCUGGCACUUUUCAAGAGUGGCAAGGUGGUGGUCCGUCGACUAUCUGAGGCACUUUGAGGUGCGCGAGCAACCGACGCAGCACGAGUCGUGGAGCGUCCACCCGCCCUUUCGCCUCAUUGACAAUGUCGACAAGGCACGUAUAUGGUUGGCUGGUUUCGUGGCAGAAGCGCAACAAUCGUUCAUCGUCAAUCGACCAUGUCUCAUUCCUGACUCGCCCUCGCGGCACAUCGAGAGCCUCCGCUAUGCAUUCAGCAGUGGAGACGAAAGCUCCCCAGCUAUCACGGCACGAACACCUCCUUCCGGAGGAAUCAGCGGCCUGUUGAAGCCCAAGGUCGAGAAGAAGAAGCUGGGAGCGGCGACGGGCGGUGCCGAGAGCUCAUGGAAUGGAGCGAUCAAGGUGCCGCCAUCGUCGGACCGUCAGCUGCUUGGUCAUGCAGGCCUCCUCUACAUCCUCGUUCGCGCCCAAGAUGCGCAGAGGGGACUAUCGCAUGUCAAGUCGAGGUCGCCUGGACAGAGCGCCUUCGAGCCCGGCCGCGAUACGUGGAGCACAUGGCUCGACGAGCUCGAAAUGUGGCGCGCCGACACGAACGUGAUGGAGGACCUCUCGCUUUCGACACCUUCCGCGCUCGACCUCUCGCUCUCGUAUCACCUCACCAAGGCCUAUCUCGGCUCCCUCGCCCUCGACGCCGACUCCCGCCCUUCACCAGGCCACCAUCAACAGACGCCGCCGCGAAUGAUUCUGAGAGGCCAGCUCCAGGCUGUUGAAGCAGCCAGCGCCAGCGCUCUUGCGGCAAUCACGCUCGUAACGGACGCCCUCGGCUUUCGCGAUCGCAUUACAUACCUACCCAACUGGUACCAUCACAUGCUCGGGCAUGCCGCAGGCUUCAUCUUGCAGCUCUGCCAGCGCAAGGGUGCCAAUUUGCUUGCCGGCGAAGCCAAGAGCCACCUCGAGGCUGCUGAGAACCUCUUGUCGACGUACAACACGGCCUUCUCCAAUCACUUUUUUCACUCGGAAGCCAUCGACUGCCCACAUCCCAGUCAGGCCACCGCAGAUGCGCUGAGCAAGGCGUGUGCCCAGGCCAGGGCGCAGCUUCGAACAGCAGUGUAA